GCCGGCCCCCCCGCUAUGGGUCGGAAGCGCUGCGUGGGGGGAGACGGCUCCAAGAUGGCGGCGGGUUGCUGCGGGGUGAAGAAGCAGAAACUCUCCAGUUCCCCUCCCUCGGGCUCGGCCGGCCCGGGGGGCGGCGGCGGCAGCUCCCACUGCGGAGGGGCGGCGGCAGCGGGCGGCGAGCCGGGGGCGCUACCCCCGCCGGGGAUCGCCCGCCUCAACGGCCUGGGGGGGCUGGCGGGGGGCGCCGCCGGCUGCGUCCUGUCCCCGUCGCUGCCGCCCAACUGCGGCGGGGGCCCCGGCGGCCUCUCCCCCCCGGCCGCCUCGCUGCUCGCCUCCCCCGGGGCCGGCUCCGGCGGGCCCGGCUGCAGGAAGAUGGUGGUGUCGGCCGAGAUGUGCUGCUUCUGCUUCGAUGUGCUCUACUGUCACCUGUACGGCUACCAGCCCCCGCGGAGCCCCCGCUUCACCAACGACCCCUACCCGCUGUUUGUAACGUGGAAGAUUGGUCGAGAUAAACGAUUGCGUGGAUGCAUAGGUACUUUUUCAGCCAUGAACCUGCAUUCAGGACUCAGGGAGUACACACUUACUAGUGCCCUUAAAGAUAGCCGUUUCCCCCCAAUGACGAGGGAUGAGCUGCCACGGCUUUUCUGCUCAGUGUCUCUACUCACUAAUUUUGAAGAUGUAUGUGAUUACUUGGACUGGGAGGUGGGUGUACAUGGCAUUAGAAUAGAAUUCAUCAAUGAAAAAGGAUCAAAACGAACCGCCACCUACUUACCGGAGGUUGCAAAGGAGCAAGGAUGGGACCACAUUCAGACCAUAGAUUCCUUAUUGAGGAAAGGAGGCUACAAAGCUCCAAUUACUAAUGAGUUCAGGAAAACCAUAAAACUGACCAGGUACCGUAGUGAGAAGAUGACCAUGAGCUACACAGAGUACCUUGCCCAUCGUCAGCAUCAUCACUUCCAAAAUGGCAUUGGGCACCCCCUUCCACCAUACAACCAUUAUUCCUGACACUGAGCCACAUGACCAGUCACUGGACCUCUCUGCAGACCUCUUCCCAGGAGACCCCGCCCCUUCCUGGUCUAGCUAUCUCUAUUACUGUACCAUUUUAUGAUGAUAGUUUCCGUUGCCACGUUGACGCUUCUCCUUGGUUGGAGAAGUUCAUUGUGGCAACGGGUGAGAAAACUGCAUUAUUACAAACUCCCAUAAUUCUUUU